CGCGCUCGCUCAGCCGCCGCCGCCGCUCCGAGCCGCCGCGCGCCGGGAGCCGCGGGCCAGCCGGGCCGCCGGGGCCCAGUGCGCUGCCGCGCUCGCCGCGGGUCGUGCCGCCUGCGCCCUCGGCGCUCUCCUCGUGGCCGCGGGGCCCGAGCCGGCCGGACCGCCGAUCGGGGGCGAGGGCGGCGCCGGGGCGCCCGCCGCGCGGGAGGCACGAUGAGCAUCGAGAUCCCGGCGGGGCUGACGGAGCUGCUGCAGGGCUUCACGGUGGAGGUGCUGCGGCACCAGCCCGCCGACCUGCUGGAGUUCGCGCUGCAGCACUUCACGCGCCUGCAGCAGGAGAACGAGCGCAAGGGCGCCGCGCGCUUCGGCCAUGAGGGCAGGACCUGGGGGGACGCGGACGCCGGGGGCGGCACCCCCAGCAAGGGGGUCAACUUCGCCUCGGAGCCCGUGCGCUCCGACUCGGAGAACGAGGAGGAGGAAGAGGAGGAGGAGGCCGCGGACGCAGGGGCGUUCAACGCUCCAGCAAUAAACAGAUUCACAAGGCGUGCCUCAGUAUGUGCGGAAGCAUAUAACCCUGAUGAAGAAGAAGAUGAUGCAGAGUCCAGGAUUAUACAUCCAAAAACUGACGAUCAAAGGAAUAGAUUGCAAGAAGCUUGCAAGGACAUCCUGCUGUUUAAGAACCUGGAUCCGGAGCAGAUGUCUCAAGUAUUAGAUGCCAUGUUUGAAAAAUUGGUCAAAGAAGGGGAACAUGUAAUUGACCAAGGAGAUGACGGUGACAACUUUUAUGUGAUUGAUAGAGGCACAUUUGAUAUUUAUGUAAAAUGUGAUGGUGUUGGAAGAUGUGUUGGUAAUUACGACAAUCGUGGGAGUUUUGGCGAACUGGCCUUAAUGUACAACACACCCAGAGCAGCUACAAUCACUGCUACCUCUCCUGGUGCUCUGUGGGGUUUGGACAGGGUAACCUUCAGGAGAAUAAUUGUAAAAAACAAUGCCAAAAAGAGAAAAAUGUAUGAAAGCUUUAUUGAGUCACUGCCGUUCCUUAAAUCUUUGGAGGUUUCUGAACGCCUAAAAGUGGUAGAUGUGAUAGGCACCAAAGUAUACAGUGACGGAGAACAAAUCAUUGCUCAGGGAGAUUUGGCUGAUUCUUUUUUCAUUGUAGAAUCUGGAGAAGUGAAAAUUACUAUGAAAAGAAAGGGUAAAUCAGAAGCAGAGGAGAAUGGUGCAGUAGAGAUCGCGCGGUGUUCUCGGGGCCAGUACUUUGGAGAGCUCGCCCUGGUGACCAACAAGCCACGAGCUGCUUCCGCGCACGCCAUCGGGACCGUCAAAUGCUUAGCCAUGGACGUGCAAGCAUUUGAAAGGCUUUUGGGACCUUGCAUGGAAAUUAUGAAAAGGAACAUUGCCACCUACGAAGAACAGUUGGUCGCCCUGUUUGGAACAAACAUGGAUAUUGUUGAACCUACUGCAUGAAGCUAAAGUACGGAGCAAGAAGACCAUAGUGACAGAAUUACACAGUAGUGGUUAGCCCACUGAGAACGUGUUUGUGUAGAUGCCAAGCAUUUUCUGUGAUUUCGGGUUUUUCCUUUUUUUACAUUUACAACGUAUCAGUAAACAGUAGUGAUUUAAUAGUCAAUAAGCUUUAACAUCACUUUCUCUAAUGAGUAGUUAAUAAAAAAAAUCAGCAUAUUGAUUAAUGACUUUUUACUCCACAAAAUUAUUUGAAAGUUUUAUUUAAAUGAUUGUAAUAUAUUGAAAGUACCCAUGUUCAAGAAAACUAAAAGAUCCUAUCUUAGGCAGUGUGUGUUUGACUUAAAUGCGUAUCAUGUUAGUGACUGUGCCCAUGAAGAGGGGAUCGUGCUCCGCGGUGUGGCACUACCUUCCUUUUAUAACUCAUUAGACAGUAAAAUUUUAAUCGUUUUCAUCUUAAAGUUUUCCUGGCUUGAUAAGUUGUGUGCUGGCCUUGGCCUGUUGGCAACAUGGUAUGAAAUAUCAUAUGCAAUUUUAAAACUUUUUAUAUUUUUGCAAUAAAGUACAUUUUGACUUCUUUGGCAUAAUGUCAGUGGCCAGUGUAUUCCAUUGGUUUUCAGGACUGGCAGCUUAGUGCUUAUGAUGAUUGGGAAGAGUCUUUUAAAGAUGAGAGUUCAUUAGUGCACUAUUUUCCUCAUCAAGCAUGUAUAUUUCUGCUUUCCUUUUGCAUUUUGCAACUUGCUGUAUUCUUUACUUUCAACUUUGACAUUUAAAGUUUUUUUAAAGCUAUCUAAACUUGUUAAACUUGGUUUUUAUUGUCUUCUAAAAGCCCAAGAGCUUACAUUUAAAGAAAAAUCCUGCUUUAUCAAACAUACAUGGGAACCCUAACGUAGAUUUCUGUAUACUUUGCUUGGCUCUGCCUCAUGGGUUUCUGACUUCCAUCUAGCGGUUGCCAACCCACAGACUGAUCAGUGGCCUGCAAGAAAUAAUUUCUCAAGGUCAAAAGAAUAAAAUUUUAUAAGUAAAACCAUAUAGAACAAUAAAAGGAAUUUCGUUCAUACCAAAUAGACCAUUAGCGGUGUGCCUGCCUGGCAAGUGUAAGCUCAUGAGUUCAAUCCUCGGUUCAAAAAACAAAAAAGAUGUAAGCCUUUUAAGCCUUGCCUUCUGCUUCAAUGCCAACUCACACUUAAAAGUACAGAAAACACAAACUUCUAGAUUUUCACUGACCACUGACAUGCUUACAGAAGAUGCCAUAGAAGAUGAAUGUAAUUAUAUUCAACCAAAACAAUAUACUAUGAAUCUUAGGCCAUGACCCAGUGUUUGUAGACAUUAAUCCCAACUAGUUGUUUGCUUUUAAAUGGGCAAUUUCAUUUUGGGAAAUGUGUUUCAAAAGAAUAUUCAUGGGUAAAAUUACUUUGUGGCUAUUGUAGUCUUGUUAGAGAAUGCGUAUGGUCCUCCUUGUAUAUGAAAACAUGGCUAGGGUGUUCAUGGAUAAUGUAUAUAUAAGAAAUUAAAGUAUGUAAAUUGUAACUUCAGCCACAUUUUAGAAAAUUGUUUAAUAUCUUUGCCAAAACCUUCGUGAAGGAUGUGGGAGCCUCUCUACACAAAGAUGACUUGUUUACUAUUUUAGAUUUUAAAAAGCCAUGUCUGUAAACAAGGCAAAAUACAAACAAACAAAAACUACCCAGACUUUUUGUGUGUCAUUCUGUAUUCAUUAUUCACUUUUUCAAAUUAAUCUGUUUUGUUGCAUAAUCUGAUUGUUAACUGUCAUGGAACAGUAAAUAAAUGCCUGUUUAAUAAAGAACUCUAAGGCCACAAAUGCCAGUUAUGUUAUUUUCAGUAUUGUUGGUUAUAUUUAAAUUUUCCUUAUAAUAAAGCACUCUUUUUAUAAUAAAA